UCGGAACGUUGUUUUUCCCAACCUUUGGGUCCAAUCAAAGCAGUGGAUGUAACCUCGUGGGAAUUACGGCGACCUCGGAAUGGGAGAAACCUCCACGAGACGAUCAUCCAGCAGCGCCAUUUUGGAAUCGACGCCGACGACGGCAGGCACAUGCUCAAGACACAGCCAACAAGCACGUACCAGUCCGUGGCGAAGCAUUCGAACGCGGCGGCGUCGACACAUCCUGUCGAGUCGGCGUCGGUCUUUUCCAAGUUGUUUUUUGGAUGGGCGACGCCGCUGCUCGAGCUGGGCAACGCGCGGCAGUUGGACCCGACGGACGUGUGGCCAUUGCAGGUGGAGAACCACUGCCGCGUCGUGAGUGCCGAGUUUGAGCCAACGUUCGUACGUACGCGAUCGAUUUUGUGGACGAUCGCGAUCACGUUCCGAUGGCGCUUCGUCGGCAUCGGGUUGAUGCAAAUUGGGAAUGUGCUGGGCACGUUGUACGGCCCUGUCGUGCUCAAGCAAUUUCUGCUGGCCAUGGAAACGAACGAGUUUGACGUGGUGUACGUGGUACUGCUGGUUGUGUCGCUGUUUGUCGUUCGCGUCGUCGCCGCGCUCUUGUCGGCGCACUCGAACCUGCAGAACCAGCUCAUCGCGGUCAAAAUCACGUCGGCGCUGCAGCAUUUGCUUUUUCAAAAGUCGUUGCAUCUGGACGCCAAAUGUCGCCGCGACAAGACGGCGGGGGAAAUCGCCAACAUGUUCUCGAACGACAUCCAGUGGAUUAUCAACUUUGCCGUGUUUGCCAACCAGCUCUGGAUCGUGCCGUUCCAGGUCGUGCUCACCCUCGUCAUGCUGUACGACGUGAUCGGGUGGGCCACGUUUGUUGGCGCCGCCGUCAUCGCGAUCAACCUGCUGCUCAACCAAGUCGUGGCGGUUGCCAUCCGCAACGGGUUCGAACAACUCAUGAAGGACAAGGACACCCGCAUGAAAACCAUCAACGAGGUCUUUGGCGCCAUGCAAAUCAUCAAGCUGAACGCGUGGGAAGAGAAGUUUGGCGACAAGAUUGCCGCCGAACGCAAUGCCGAACUCACGACGCUGUGGCGCAUCUUCAUGCGGUUCACGGCCAGCAUUGUCAUCCUCUACCUCGGCCCGGCCCUCGUCACGAUCGCAUCCUUUGCCACGUACACGAUGGUCAUGCACGAGCCGCUCCCCGCGUCCAAGCUUUUCACGGCACUCAGUUUGUUUACACUGCUGAAGUACCCCAUGCUCACGCUGCCCAACAUCAUUUCGAGCCUCAUGCAAGCAUUGGUGGCGCUGAACCGAUUCAUGGAGUACUUCGACAUGGCUGACCGCGACACGGCGCAGAUCUUGACACCGGUGACCGUCAACGCGGCGGACCUGGCGACAUUCGCCGCUGAAAACAUCGACAUUCAAGUGGACCAUGCGAGCUUUGGGUGGGACGCCGCCAAGCCGCUGUUCACGGACGUCAACUUGACCGUCCAGCGCGGCGAGUUUGUCGUGGUCCAUGGGUCGGUCGGCGAAGGCAAGUCGUCGCUGUGCGCGGCGCUGCUCGGCGAAAUGGACAAGUACGAAGGCACGGUGUUUGUGGGCGGCCGCGUCGCGUACUUUUCGCAGCAAGCGUGGAUCCAAAACUUGACGAUUCGGGAAAACAUUUUGUUUGGCAAGCCGUACGACCGCGUCAAGUACGCCAACGUGUUGGAAGCGUGUGCGCUGACGAAGGACCUGGCGCUGUUUGCGGCCGGCGACCGGACCGAGAUCGGCCAGAAGGGGGUCAACUUGUCUGGCGGACAAAAGGCGCGCAUCAGUCUGGCGCGGGCGUGCUACAGCGACGCCGACAUUUUCAUCUUGGACUCGCCGCUGUCGGCCGUCGACGCGAUCGUGCAAAACGAGAUCUUCACCAAGUGCUUUCUCGGUCUGCUGCGCCACAAGACAAUCGUCCUCGUCACGCACUCCCCCGAGAUCAUCGCGUCCAAGUUUAUCGACCGCAUCCUCGAAGUCAAAAGAGGCAACUUAGUCGAAACAUUGGUCGAAAGUGAACGCGACAUGGCGCCGCAGGUCGUAGAGCCCCUGGCUGCUCGAAAAGGCUACCGGCACAUGGAGGGCGACUGCAACCCGGACGAGCAAGUCCUUCGUCAUGGCGCCAUUGGAUCGGGUGAUGCGCCGCUGCUGUUGACACCGUCAGCUUCGACUCCCCUGCCGCGGAACUUUGACGGCCUAGUGUUUACUCCGUUCGAGUCGUCUGUGCUGCCAUCGUACGAUGACGGCAAGCUCAUCCUUGAAGAAGAACGAUCGGCCGGCCGCGUGUCGACUGCCGUGUUCCAAGCUUACUUGGCCGCAUCGGGGGGAUGGCCUGCAUUUUGGUACUUAUUCUUUGUGCUCGCGCUGUGGCAAGCGCUGAUGGUGUCGAGCGACUUGUGGCUGAGUUCGUGGAGCAGCACGGCGACCAAGGUCGCGCCGACUCAGUUUCUCCAUGACGCGAUGUACUACCUGGGCAUCUAUGCUUUGCUCUCGCUGGGGGCUGCGUUUUCGACGGUGCUGCGGUCGUUGGCGGUGUAUCAAGCAGGUAUCAGUGCUUCGAAGGUCCUCUUUGACCAAAUGGCGGCGUCGCUCCUUCGCGCGCCCAUGCGCUUUUUCGACACCAACCCCAUGGGCCGCAUCCUGAACCGAUUCUCCAACGAUAUGAACACUAUCGAUACCAACUUGCCUCUGACCAUUAGCGGCUUCACGUCCAUGGUGUUCAUCGCGGUGUGCUCGCUCGGCACUACCAUCUACGUGAUUCAGUACGCCGGGCUCGCCAUCCUGCCCCUUGUCUACAUUUACGUGGCCAUCGGUCGAUUCUACGUCCAGCCGGCGCGGGAAAUGGAGCGCGUCAACAAAACAACCAAGUCGCCGCUGCUCAACUUGAUCUCGGAAGCGAUUGAAGGCACGUUCGUGAUUCGCGCGUUUGGCGACAAGCAACUCCGCCGGUUCCAGCGCAUGCACUUCCGCAACGUCGAUAGCAACAACCAAGCUGCAUUUGCCGCCCAAGUGAUCUCGCAGUGGUUUUCGCUGCGGAUCCAGCUCACGAGCGCACUCCUCAUCUUUGCCAUCUCGCUCGCCCUCGUCUUUAUGCGCGACUACAUCACCCCCGGACUCAUUGGGCUCUCGCUCAAUUACCUCUUUUCCAGCCUCGGUUUCUGUGAGUAUAUUAUCGGUGGAUGGUCCCAACUCGAAACUUCGAUGGUCGGCCCGGAACGUGUCUCGGAGUACUGCAACAUCGAGUCGGAGCCGCCCCGCGUGAUUGCUGGCGCAGUGGCCAAGGACUGGCCGACGAAAGGCGACAUCGAGUUCGACAAGAUGGCGUUCCGGUACAAGGACAACGACCCGCUCGUCCUCAAGGACGUGAGUGUGCACAUCGAGUCGGGCGAAAAGGUCGGGAUCGUCGGUCGCACGGGCGCCGGCAAGUCGAGCUUGACCAUGGCCCUCUUCCGCAUCAACGACCUGGCGGCCGGCAGCAUCAAGAUCGACGGCGUCGACAUUGCGCGCGUCGGCGUCAAGACGCUGCGCAGCAGCAUCGCCAUCAUCCCGCAGACCCCCGUGCUGUUCAAGGGGACGCUGCGCAACUACCUGGACCCGUUCGGCGAGUACUCGGACGCGAAUCUGUGGGGGUGUUUGCAAAAGGUGCGUCUGGCGGACCGCAUCGCGGGCGUCGACGGCAAGCUGGACAGUCCCGUGGAAGAGAACGGCGAGAACUUUAGCGUGGGCGAGCGGCAGAUGCUGUGCAUGGCGCGGGCGCUGCUGCGGCAGGCGCGCAUCGUCGUCAUGGACGAAGCCACGGCCGCCAUCGACCAUGAGACGGACCAGAACCUGCAGCGCGUGAUCCGCACCGAGUUUGCGUCGUCGACGGUGCUCACGAUCGCGCAUCGUCUCGACACGGUCUUGGACGCGGACCGCAUCCUCGUGUUUGACCAGGGGCGGUUGGUGCAGUGCGACUCGCCGGCCGCGUUGGUCGGGGCGGGCGCCGGCAUCUUUUUUGAGUUGUGCCACGAGGGCGGGUACUUGGACAAGGUCGCCCAGCACGGUCGUCCAGCACGUGGCUCUUUGUCGACGAUGUAGGAAGGAGUUUGUGCUGUAAGCAAGAUGAUUUCUCCAUGGUACGAUCGACGGUGGUGUCGGGACGGUUGGCGUCUUGAGCAAG